AUGAACUCGAAUUCGCGCUCUACUUCUAACCUUUCUCUUAAAUCUUCACGAAGUCGUAAACAUUCACUGACUUUGUCAAACACGAUGGGCUGGCUUUCGCGACAUUCUACACAGUCCUCAGUUUCUUCUUUUUACAAGGGAAACAAGAAUGGUUCAUCCCCUGCUUCACAAUCCCAGCAUAAACCUGCGAGGAGCAUUGAGCUUGUGAACAAUGCUCGACAUGGUCCCCUUGGAUCCGGCGCCACUGUGGUCAGGACUCCGGAGGAAGCUUUGUAUGACUCCGGAGUUGAUAGCAGACCCUCAUUACAGCGCUCCUCUACCUCUCAAUCUUUCAAUUCGUCCAGACCGACUCUGCAGCGUUCAGCUACCUCUGGGUCAAAGCCACUGGAGAGCCCGCCACUGCCAUCUCUUCCGCCUGAUCUUCGCAACUCCGAUCUGAGCUCGGAAGACGAAUACUAUGACGAGGGCGACAAUGAUAUACUCAGCGCAUCUGCGGGGUUAUCCUGGCCUACUCCGCCUUCUGCCAUUGCGCCUCUUCCUCCUACUCCAUCCCUGCCCAGUCUCCGAUCUUCUCUCAAACCCAAACUCAGAUCCAACUCAGACGAGUUCAGAGUACCAGCGCUCCCUGCUCAUGUCACUCAGUCAUCGCCUCAGCCACCUUUCGAGCCAGUUUUGAUAUCUGGUGUACCUUCUGGCGUAGUCGAUCCUUCUACGGUUCUGGUGACUGUGGAAACUUCUACCACAUCUCACAAGACCACCUUCAAAACUUUAACUUCGCGCCCAUCCCAAUUGGCUUCCUACCUCCAUUCUCUGUUCCCAAGACCACGGCGGGACUCAGAUGCGUCGUCGGUGUAUUCCACAGCCAGUGAUGAUAUGUCCACCUAUCGGAAUCACCUUGCUUCCCAAGGUCUGCUACCGCAGGCUCCUGUGAAUAUCCAUAUCUUCCUCGAUCGUCCCAGUGCACCAUAUGUGCAUAUACUGAACUAUCUCCGUUCUCCAGUCGGAAGUGCAGAUGCUCCAGAAUUACUCCCAAGAGCUGCGCAGCUGCAUCCACCCAACUCACAGAGCCGCCUCGAGGCACUGCUGGAGCUCCGCGAUGAAGCUUCCUAUCUCGAUCUCGAUGACCUGUACAAACUUUGCUCGGAUGAGGUCCGUCAGCGGCAGCCUGCUCUCCAGCCUCGCCUUCCUCGCACACAUUCUCGUGGACAGAGUUCCAACUCCACUAAUCCAGGCUACGGCGUGGAUAGUCAGCAUACCUCCCUCUCGAGUAUGCAUACUCUUCUCGAUCGAUCGGGGCAAUCACCACCCCAUGUUCGAGCAAGGGAACUCAGCACGAUAUCUGAUGACCGCGCGUCAAUCAAAGCGUCGAAUGAGUAUUGUUCAGAUUUUCAACCCCGUUCUCAAACAACUAGUAAACGUUCGCCUCCUACUCCCGAGUCUUGGAAAGAUGGUCGUAAUUCCGGAUCCAGUACUAGCACUAGAGGAGCACGUCGGAACGAUUUGCUGCGAUCGCCUCCAGCCGGCUGGAUUUAA